UGUUCCUCGGGGUGUUUUUGAGCCUGCCACCCAACUCAAGCAGGCAGAGAAGCCGGGGGACAGCAUGAUGGACCUUUUUGAAACUGGCUCCUAUUUCUUCUACUUGGACGGGGAGAAUGGAGCCCUGCAGCAGCUGGAGAUGGCUGAGGGAUCCCCGCUGUACCCAGGCAGCGAUGGCACCUUGUCCCCAUGUCAGGACCAAAUGCAGCCAGAGGCCGGCAGUGACAGCAGCGGAGAGGAGCAUGUGCUGGCACCCCCGGGACUACAACCCCCUCACUUCCCCGGCCAGUGUUUGAUCUGGGCUUGUAAAACUUGCAAGAGAAAGUCGGCCCCCACGGACAGACGGAAAGCAGCCACCCUCCGGGAGAGGAGGAGGUUGAAGAAGAUCAACGAAGCCUUCGAGGCUCUGAAAAGGAGGACUGUGGCGAACCCCAACCAGAGGCUGCCCAAGGUAGAGAUACUCAGGAGCGCCAUCAGCUACAUCGAGAGGCUGCAGGACCUCUUGCACAGGCUGGAUCAGCAGGAGAAAAUGCAGGAGAUCGCGGGGGACCCCUUCAGCUUCAGCCCCAAGCAGGGAAAUAUCGCCAGUUCGGACUUCCUGAGCACCUGCAGCUCCGACUGGCAAACCGUUUCUGACCAUUCCCGAGCCCUAGGAAUCAGCCCCAAAGAAGGAGUCUCCGUUGUCGAGUCGUCGGCCUCCAGCAGCCUUCGCUGCCUCUCUUCGAUAGUGGACAGUAUUUCUUCCGACGAGCCCAAACCGCCCAGUGCGGAGGAAGCGGUGGAGAAAUAAAC